AUGGCAGUUGUGCGCAAAGUAACGCGGCCUCGCUACCACUGGCCCGAAUUUCAGCUGAAUGUCUGGCUCAUCGUCGUGCUUGCAGGCUCGGCCACAUGUCUAGGAAUAUUCUCGUGGUUUAUGGUCGUACAAACACAGAUGGAGCUUGGGACUCCAUGGCUCUUCCCAUACAUGGUUACUGUCAGUACCUUGGGCGUCGUCUUCAUUUUCCUCGUGAUCGGCCUGAUCGCCCGCCAUUUCCUGCUCCCGGGUAUCCUGAUCCUCGGCAGCUUCAUACUCUUCGUCCUGUGGGUAACGGGGCUUAUUGAAACCUCGCUGCAGCUAUAUGGUGUUACCGGGAACGUGAACGAUAAUUGCCAGAUCUACGUGGUCGAGAACCAAUCUAGGGGGAACAACGUCGACACCAUGGCAUGGAUUAUGCAGAGCACGCUAUGUAACUGCUGGAAAACCGCCUUUGCCUUUGAGCUCGUCAAUACUAUUUUCUAUCUAUGGAUGAUAGUCAUGUCAUGGCAGGUUCAUCGAAACUAUUACCAUUGA